AUGCCGCGCCGCCGCAAAGACGCACAGCAGUCCGACGUCGACCAGAUGGUCGAGGAGGCGGAGAUGGAGGAAGACGGGCAGGCUGAGGCUGAGGAUACAGAAAUGGCCGUAGACGCUCCGGACGAUGACGAGGCGACGGAAGACAAGGACGCGGAGGGGCAAGAGGAAGAAGACGAGAAUUCAGACCUCGAUGCCUUAUCGGACACUCCAGGCGACCAACAGGAAAUGGGUCCCGCAACCCAGCCUCGCCUUAGGAUCAAGCUGAAACUCAGCGCACAGCAAACAGCUGUCUCAACACCUGACGAGGAUCCAACACCUUCCUCUCGUAGAGCAAUAUCUCGCGAUAUUGACAUAGAGUCCGAAGAUGAGGAAGACGAAGUGGACGACGAUGACGACGAUGAGGACGCACAAUCUACGCGGUCCACAUCUGUAGCUACCGCGGGUACAAGCAAGGCGUUGACAGCGCGUCAAGCAGUCCUCGCAAAUGUCGUUGAUGCUACGCAUGUCUCCCUUGGUCCGACACUCAACUCGCGCAAGAAGAAGCCACUCACAGAGAUGGAGCUCGCUCUAAAACGUGAGGAGACUGCGCGUAAGCGCAGGAACCUUACCGAGAAGAAGCUUGAGGAUGAAAAGACGGAAACCAUAAAUCGUCUGCUGAAGAAGCAAUCUCGCGCUAGAGGGAAGCGCAAUGCCCUCGCGACCGCCGAGGACCGUCCGUCCACCGGAGGCGGCGGCGACGACGGAGAGGAAGGCAUGGGGGCCGAGCCUUUCGAGUUUGUCAACCCCACAAUGUAUCGCUGGGUGUCGACCUCCCGGAAGUCUGCGUUUCAAGGCGAAGCCAACACUGACAAGAAGAUGUCUCUAUCCUUCUCGGUGCCCGUAUCCGUCUUGCCACCGACCCUAACGCCGCCUGAGCCUGCCUCUGCAGCGAUGGACAUCGACAAGCCGGUUGUUCCUGCAGACCCUGCAGUGCAAGCUUUGGCCAACUGCGACGUUCAAGGGUGCUCUGAGCGGCGCAAGUACCGUUUGGUGAGAGACUUUGCCAAGGGUGCUUGUGGGAUGACCCAUUUGAAGGCUCUCGAGGCACAAUUGGUCUAGUACUAGGCCAAGGCUUUACGGCUGUUGCAGCUGUGGGUCUGGUCGAGCCACCUCGUGUAUUUGUUACUCGGAGUGAGGAAUCUGUUGUAUUGAUAUAUGUACUUGUUCUCAUGUUGUCGACCGCAACGAUGUGAUAGAUGCGAGGAAGAGAACCCUCGCACUAUGUGUGCAUUGAUGUGCAGACAUCUCUAUCCGUCAGGGCAGCUCAUAUGAUGCAUGACGGCGUUGACUCAGAUGAUGCCUUGUGGUCUUUGGGCUCAUACACCCAAGGAGUGUUCACCGUGAUACGGGUUAUCAUGAUAGGUAAGUACACCGACACAUCGCGAAAAUCCAUUAGGUCAUACUGCCA